AUGCCCUCGGCGCACAGCGUCAAGGCAUCCUCACCCAUGGCCGCCGUCGCAGAUCCCAUCACGGCCGCCGCCGAUGCCGUUGCCGCCGUGGUCGCGGAGGGCAUCGUAUUCUGCGCGCUGGCCGCCGCAGCCCCCGGCACGCCCGCGGCCGCGCCCGUGGUGCUGCCGCCGUGCGACGCCACGCGGCGGCUGCUGGCGACGGAGUACGCCCGGCUCCAUUGGAAGCUGCGCACCUCCAGCCGCAGGGACGCGUCGGAAGGCUGGUGGCAGCUGCGCGUCGAGCAGACGAAGGGCAUGCGGCCCCCGCGGCCGCUCCUCUCCGAGGUGGCCCGGGCCGGCAGCGCGCAGGCGUCGAAGGACGGCCACCUGCUGCCCGCGCUCGACUUGCGGCCUCGCCUGUGCUUCUCGGGCGCGCAGGGCGCUGGCGACGAGGUGUACGACGCCGUGGGGCCGGAAGGGCUGCUCGCGGUGCGGCCCGGGCAGAAGGCCGGAGAGGUGUUCGCAUUCUUCGACCGCGAGGCGGCGGCGGAGAAGGCUUUCCGCCGCCUGACGGGCCAGCCGCCUGGCCAGGACGCGGUGCCGGUCACAGCAGGGGGCGCAGCGGCGGGCGGGCUGCGGGUCCUGCUCGCGCAGACGAUGUCGGGGCGCGGCGCGCCCAGGGCGCAGCCGGCGCGGGCCGCGGGACCCGCGGCCGCGGAGGCGCGCGGCGACGGCUGCAACGCCCAACCCACGGCGGGACCCGGGGCGGCGCGUGCGGCGGCGGCGGCGGCGGCGGAGCCCGUGCUGGACUCGUGGGAGGACGCCUCGGACGAGUAA